AUGCGUCCUGUAUAUAAUAAAGCUAACCUUGGGCCUCAUCUCUUCGUCCCCCCAUCCACAGUCGAUGUCAUCACCUUUCGUCCCUCUUCCAGCCCCGAGCUAGACGACGUUCUCGACAAAAUCCGCAGCAAGAUCAUUCUGCUCUCCUACCUGACCGCCGACCAGCGCCGCCGCAUUUUCAGCCCACACCACGUGCAGAAGCUCCGCAACGACCCCAUCCCACUCGACGUCAACGGCGAGAUUGUCCAGUUCAGCCACAUGGACCUGUUCAACGACAUCCCCAACGCGCGUGCCGCGACCAUUGACGCCGUGGGCCGCAUGACCACCCGUGCCGAUUUCCAGAACCUCCCGCGCCUGUUGGAGGGCCUGCACCGCUCAAGCCGCCGCUUGCGCCAGGCCGACUAUGCCCGCAUUGCCCGUCGUGCCGGCGAGCGCCAGUGCAUCAUUGCCGUGAUUGAGAGCGCAGCCCAGGUUCAGCGCACCGGCUUCCGCCUCGAGAGCUCCGAGGUCGUCGCCGAGAUCCUGACCCACGUGCAGAUGAAGGCCGUCGACAGCAACUGGGACGAGGCCGAGACGCGCCAGGCCCUGCGCUGGGCCGAGCAGGUUAUCGACCUGCUGCAGCGCCCGGACCACGGCCGCCGCCCGCCGCGCCAGCAAACGCACAGGGGCUCCUUUUCCGACAACAGCAGCGCCGCCACGGCGCCCCUGCCGCCGCCGCCAACAUACCCGCUGGACCGUGACCCGCAGGUGCUCGCUGCGCGCCUGCAUCUGGCCGCCGUCGUGGCUGACAAGUUUGCGCCGGGCGGUGCCGACACCGACGGCAAGGUCUCCCGCUAUGCGACAGAGCUUGUGCAGCUCUGGCCGGCGGGCGGCAAGGGCCUGCGCGCGCUGAGCCCCACAGAGACGUACACGGACCGCCGCGGCGAGAUGCAUUACCUGAGCGUGGACAACAAGUUCCUGGGCGUGGGCGCGCCGCUCCUGCACGGCCUGGACACGGCGAUCCGUGUUCUGGGCGGCAGCCAGGGCGACAGCGCAGCGCUGGCGGGCGAGCUGCAGUCGCGGCGGGAUGCGCUGGCGGUCGAGGUCAAUGCGGCGUUGGAGGCUGCUCCCGACCGGCGAGGUGCGGUCAUCUACAAGAAGGUGUUUGGUGAGAGCACCGAGGCAUAG